CUUAAUUAAUUCUAUCCAUAGCAGCCAUGGCCGAGAAGGGGACAAUAAUGGUGCUCGAUGUGGACCUACAGUGCUCAAAAUGCUACAAAAAGGUCAAAAAACUUCUCUCCAAAUUUCCUGAAAUACGAGAUCAGGAGUAUGAUGAGAAGGCGAACAAGGUGACAAUCAAGGUGGUGUGCUGCUCGCCGGAGAAGCUCAGGGAUAAAUUACGCUGCAAGGGCGGUCGAUCCAUCAAGAACAUUGUGAUCAAAAAGCCAGAAGAGGCUAUCCUCCAAAGAAGGAGAAGGAAGAAGAUAAGAAAAAGAAAGAAGAUAAGAAAAAGGAGGAAGAGAAGAAAAAUCCUCCAGAGGGGAAGAAAGCCGAGAAAAUCAAAUUUUGUCCACAAUCAUGUAAACAUGUCGUUGCCUGCUCCAUCAUCUUCAACCUACUUGACUCCGUAUGUUUAAUUACAUGUAUGUGUGUUAAUUUUGCUUUCCUCAAUCAAGUACUACUCUUUUUCUUUUUCUUUUUUUCUUGUUCCUACUUAGUUCUUAAUUAAGAAAAAGAACAAUAAGAUCAGUGUGUUCUGUGAAUUAUAUUUAUAUGUAUGAUGCACGGGAUAAUUUUGUUUAUAACCAGAAAUGUAUGUUAUUUUUAUUUCUUAAUUAAGAAUUGUAAGAGUGCUUGCGUUUGGUUUAAAUAAAAAUCAUUUGUAUUU